CAAUCUGGUCCAAGCUUUUUCAAACAAAAAGUUGGAUAGUUAAUAUCAGUAACUUACUCAAAGCAAUGUACCACUCGUUACUAUUGAUAUUCAUGUGAAAAGUGUUAAAUUUAGGAAUGAAUUAAGUUUUCAUGUUUUCGAUUAAUUAAAAUAGUUUUAUGAGUAGAUUCAUUAUCCCUCUAGUCUGUACUUGAAAUUGUAGACAUAGUGUGACGUAAACAUUAGAUCUUUAAUAUCAGACGGAAUUAGCGAUGUCAAAUAAUGAGUUGCUCAGUAUUAAAUAUAGAAUGUUUUCUAAACCUCUCUGGUCAUUGGUAUUUUUCCGACUACUGAUAAAGGAAACUGCUAAUAUACUGUUCAGAAUACUGGUUUAUUGUAUAGACAUGAAUAGAAUAGUUGACCCGUCUACACGUCACAAAAUUAGUAGUAUAUUAAGUGAGUGGUGAGUAGUAUGUGAAACUGUAUACUCUGAAUCUAUCGAAAGGCAAACAUUACUUUCGUUUAUCUCGUACUGGGAACAAGAAAACCGAAUAAUCUUAUUAAUCGAUGCAUUAAUGAGGUUAAACGAAAACAAUAUUAGGAGCAUUGUAACAAGUAAUAUCUUUGGUCCAAAAUAUUCAUUGGGAUUUAUAAUUUAACAUGAAAAGAUACUAAAGACAAUGAACUACCCCAUGUAAUAUUCUUCAGAGCUUCAUCUAACUGUAUAAUAUGAGUGUAAGGUAUGAAUGAGCGGUAUAAAAUUGAUGAACAAGGUCGCUUAUGCCUAUGAGAACAGAUCCUACAUCGUCCACCACCUUAAAAAGUUUAGCAACAAAAAUUAAUCAGUGCGACAAUGUUAGAAAUCAAGUUAUUUUUCUUAAUCGGCCUCUAUACACACACUUUUUCAAUAAAUAAGUCAUAUUAGUUUUUGUUUUUAAUAAAAUCUCAUUAACGUCUUAAAAAUUUUAAAAGCGAACAUGAUAAUCAGGCAGAUCAGAAUUUUUACUUCAAAACGAUAUCCAUUUUGAUACCCUUACAAAAAUAUACCAUACCUUAAUAUUUUGGAUCUUAAAAUAUCAUUGAGGUUACUUGGCUUGCAUCUAAAACAACAAUCAUCCAUCUGAAUAGAAUUUCCUCAGAAAAAACCAAAGUUUCAGAUUAUGUUGAGUUUAGAACGGGUUGCUACUUCAUAAGACGACGUUUGAAUGUGAAUUGGGCACAAUUAACGCACCUAAAUCCAAAAACAAACGUACACACCGACCCCUCUAAAAAGCUCAAUAGACUUAGUGACAUACGUGCAUAUACACACGCACGACACACAUACAUCCGCACACGCACGUGCAUACACACAGCUCUCACACAGACGCGGAUUAGGGAUCAACUGUUCGUUCGCGCACUGGAUUAUCAACUUCUGAAUCUGGCAUCCCUCUGAAUUUCAGGGUUUAUUCGAAUCCUUCGUGGACUACUUGUAAAUAGCUGUCAUUUACACAACUGACGGAAUCCCAAUGGCAUCCAAUAAUAUGUACAGAGUCGGGGAUUUCGUUUAUUUUGAAUCAUCAGCCACUGCUCCAUAUCAAAUCCGUCGAAUAGAUGAACUUAAUAAAACUCCCACUGGUGCUGUUGAAGCUAAAGUUGCCUGUUACUACCGUAGACGUGAUGUAUCCAGUGCUUUAAUUAAUCAGGCAGAGAAAUACUAUGGCAGUGAUGAUGAUUAUGAUGAAGAAUGUACAAAUGAAAUAACCAAUUCAAAUAAUAAUGAUAAUAACUCCAAAGAAGGCUUAAAACGCUCUAAUACUGCAAUCACUGAACAACAAAGGCAUCAGUUAAAACAUCGAGAAUUGUUUCUUUCACGACAAGUUGAAUGUCUACCAGCUACACAUAUUAGGGGUAAAUGCUCUGUUACACUACACAAUGAUGCAGAACCAUUGACAAAUUACCUAGUCAGAGAUGAGGCAUUUUAUUAUAAACUAAUAUAUGAUCCCACUUUGAAAACUCUUCAAGAAGAUAGAGGUUCAAUGAGAAUCGGAUCAGAUUAUCAAUCUGAGAUACAAUGUUUACUAAAAUCAAAAUCAGAAGAUGUCCGAUUAACUGAAGUACAUGAAGAGUUAGUUUGGUCCCCUUCCCAUUCAUUAACAGCUCAAGAGAUCGAUAUGUUUUGUUUAUUAGCCAAAGCCGUUGGUACUUACGGUCGUGCACAUGAUACUUCAUCGUCUACUAAACAACCACUUCUACUAAGUGCUACAGCUUCAGCUUCACGCGAUAUAACUCGUCAACAUGCACAUGAUAUACUUCAUGAAGCCAAUUACGACUUGAAUAAAGCCAUAAAUCUUUUAUUACCCGGCGGUCAACCUAUUAUUUAUCGUGAUCAAUUAGAAGAUUGGUCUGCAAAUGAAACAAAUUUAUUUGAAGAAGCAUUAGAUAAAUAUUCGAAAGUAUUCGCAGAUAUACUUUCUAAUUGUUUACCAUGGAAAACUCAUAAAUCGAUUGUUGAACUUUAUUAUUUUUGGAAAACUACAGAUCGUUAUGUUAGACAACGUCGAACUAAAUUAGCUGCUCAGGAACAUAAAUUAAAACAAGUUUAUAUUCCCAAUUAUAAUAAACCUAAUCCAGCUGUAUUAUAUCAUAAUACGGACAAAACAAUUAGUCGACCAUGUGAAGGAUGUGGAUCAUUAAAUUCCUCUCAAUGGUAUGCAUGGGGUCCAUCGAAUGCUAACUCUCGUCUGUGUACUGAUUGUUGGUCUUAUUGGAAACGUUAUGGUGGUUUGAAAAGUAUUGAAUCUAAAGAGCGUCCUACUACAACCUUGCGCACUCAGCAACAGUUGAACAGUUCAACAGUUGAAACUAAUUCAAAAUCUGGUGGUCCUAUUAACAUUACUGGAUCAGUGAAUCAUCAAUUCAAAUCUCAUUCUAUUGGUUUGUCGAGUGGAGUAUGUGAUGCUUUGGAUGGUGGUGACAUUGAUAUAUAUACAAAUGAUCAUCAUCAUAAUAAUAACACGUCUGCUACAAACAUGACUGAUAAUGCUAAUAGUAAAUUAACUGAUGGAUCUGGAUUCUUCGGUACUUUAGCCGGUACUCCAAGAGGAACACAAUGCUUUAGAACUCCGUCCAUUAUACGUCUAGCACGCAUACUUUGUCCAAAUCUUGUUCAACCUCUACGUUUAGCUCGACAUCCUGGUGGAGUACCAGAAAUUUUCUCAUCUAAGCAACAAAUCCAACAUGAAAGCAAAUGCGAUGAAUCUAAUCUAACAGGAACGGAUAAUUUGUCUGAAUCCAAUAUGAUGUUGAUGUAUGCAACACUGAAAGCUGCUGCUCAGCCUAUAAUAUCACGUAUACAAGAUCCGUCGAUUUUAUUGACUCGACCACGAAGAACACGACGCUUAAAUGAUGUGAUUGAUUCAAUGGCUUCACGUAAAGGUAUUGUGUUUCAGCCAUUAGAUCUUUCAUCAGCUUUAAAGUUGUCAGUUGCUAAUGGUCCUGUCUACGAUCGUAAACGUCCUCAUUCACCUGUCUUUACUAAUGCACCAUCGUCGAAAAAACUACAUGAAACUGACGAUAAAGUAAAUAGGAGUAAAAACUCAUCAAUGUUGACAGAAAAUACCACAAGUGAAAAGUGUUUAACUAAUGGAAGAAGUACGGCAUCUGUUAUGGACACUAGUCCGUUUAUUACUAAGUCCGAUUGUUCUCUUUCACCCACCUCCACUGCUGUUUCAUCCAGGCCUAAAAAAUCAGCAUUUACAACUGAUCCUAGUUUAAUGAAUCAAAAUUUAAUUUUAACUAGUAAUGGAAUUUCUACUGAUGACAGAACAACAAUCAUAUCAAAAUUUGAAUCGGAGCUUAUUCAGUAACUCCACCAGGGUCAAAGAAUGUAUUCAAAUCAAAUUUACUUAACUAAUCAACAGUUCCCUGUCAAACCGAUGUAAACUUGUGUGUUACUCUCUCUUUCCAUCCCUUCUCCAACUCCACCUCUUUUUCAAUUGCCACUUCUCUUUGAGAAGAGUUGUUUGGCGUAACCGAUACUCUCUUAUGCACUUGUGUUUUUCUUUUUUGUGUUAUCAGUGUUAUUAAUAAUAACUAACCACGUCUAAAAUGAUGAAUGGUAAAAAAGGUACUAAUCUCCUAUUUUUCCUAAUGCCUUUUGUCUUCUCAUUUGUAUUUGUGAAUCUUUAUAGUCUUAAUUUUGUGGACUGAGGUUCUGUAUUUUUAUGUUAUUAUUAGUAUUACUAUCACACUAUUAUUAUUGUUAUUAUAUUAUUAUUACUAUAUUUACUGUUUCGUAAUUUCACUUCCCUGAAACACUACAUGCUUUUGUAUUGAUAAAAAGUUAUUCAUACACUUCGCCGUACCCAUGACUUUAUUCCAACAAUGCUUUUUUGUGCGCGAGUGAAUGAUUUACCAGCUAUUAAUAUUCAAUGCCUGUCCUUGAUACGUUUUUUGUAUGCUAACGAUGAUAUUAAAGAGUUGUAAUUGAAGUCUAUUUUAUCUGACAGUUUCUUUGUCUUAAAUAAACUCCACUAAUUGUUAAUAUUUUCUUUUCAAGAAAGUGAAAUUUUAUCACGCGGAACUAAACGAAAAUUUUCACACACACACCCUACAACUUUUUGAUGCUUAGUGUUAACAACCCACUGAAUUUUGUAAACAAACACUGUGUAUUAUGGAAUGUUGUAGUGAUUUUAAACCGUUUAUCUCAUUUGGGAAUGAAUAUCUUCAUUUGUCCAUUGUAUCUAAGCAUUUCACUUACGCACAUCCACCUUUAUUGCACUGUAUUGUUUUUUUUUCAAAUACAGGCUUAUUCUAUA